AUGGAGAAGAUGGGGUUUCUUUCUUCACAAGGAUCCAUGAUGACAGGACAAGAAGUGAUGGACAUAAGUUGCUUCAAGGAAAACUCUGGAUGUAACUGGCUUUUGGUUUUGAGUGUCAUCUUGUUAAUAUCUGCAGCUCAAGGAUGUCCCGACAAAUGCCUGUGCUACACAGCUUCAAAGACUGCAGACUGCAAGAACAGAGGAUUCACUGAAAUUCCUGCCCAUUUACCUCCUGAAAUUCAGAUCCUACAGUUGCAGAAUAACCGUAUCUGGAGAAUCAACCAAAAUGCAUUCACAGGAACUCCGUUGCUUAAAAUCUUAGACUUGUCUAAUAACUCUCUCUCAAGUUUGGCACCAGGUGCUUUCCAAAAAUUGCGGUAUCUACAGGUUCUAAACCUAACCAGAAAUUUCAUUCAUUAUAUAGAAAACAAGACUUUCAGUUUCCUCCCACACCUAAAAGAACUGGACUUGUCCUCCAACAGCAUUAUACGUUUGCCUGAGACUUUUGGAAACAGCACAGGGAAUAUAACAUUGCUGUCUGUGAAGCAUAACAAACUUCAGAAAAUGGAAAGAGUUCUGCUGGAGUCACUUCCAAACCUGAAAGUAGUUCUUUUCAAAGAUAAUCCCUGGCAAUGUAACUGUAAUGUCUUUGGCCUGAAACUGUGGCUGGAGAGCUUUUUAUACAGAGGAGGAAUAAGUGAUGGUAUUAUCUGCUCAACACCAGGGAUUCGGAAGGGAAAGGACCUCCUCAAAGUUCCCUACGAGCUCUUUGGGGCGUGCCCUCUAAGGACAGCUCACAUUCAUCUGGCCAGCAUUCAUCACCACAGCUAUGAGCACAGAAGUUCUCUGAAGCACUCUCAUCACAACGAAUACGGGGAAAGCCGCUCAAACUGUGAACCCAAACCAAAGCCAAGGCCUGUUAGUUUGCGUCAUGCAAUCGCCACUGUAGUAAUAACUGGAGUUGUCUGUGGAAUUGUGUGUCUAAUGAUGUUGGCAGCUGCUGUUUAUGGUUGUGCCUAUGCUGCAAUUACUGCUAAAUACCACAGAGAACAUUUGGCCCCAGUCAGACAGCAUGGGACUCCUGAGGAAAAAGAGCUAUUUGAUAGUUCCUUGGCUUGA